ACAUUCUAGAAUAUGGAUAAGACAGAGAAGGAUGAAUCUCUCAGCCCUAUCUCACUUCUUGUAGUUCUUUCACUUCUCAUAAUACUUAGUUGGGUCACUAUACUCCGAGACUAGUACUUAAGUUUUCGGCUUAUACCUCAAAUCUUCAUAGACUUCUUUUGUGGUGUAUGGAAGGUUUGGAAUGAAAGAAAGGCCACAAUUCAGGAAGCUUCAAUCCACAAACUUUGCACCCAUGAAAAUGUGGAUAAUGAGAAGCUUUCUGAAGAAGUGGAAAUGGUGCUUAAAGAGGAGGGUGAUGAGAAUAAGCUAUCUGUGGGAGAGGUGAAGAUAGUGAUGGAGAAACUUGGAACAUUAUGUGAUGGCCACCCUGAUGCUGAAAAUUAUGAAGAGGUGAUGGGUCCAGAUGAGAUUGCAGGGCUGUUUGAGGAGGAGCCAAGUCCAGAGGAAGUGAAAGAAGUAUUUGAUAUUUUCGACGAGAACAAUGAUGGGUUCAUUGAUGCAGGGGAGUUAGGAAGAGUGCUCUGUUCAUUGGGGCUCAUGGAACCUUUGGAAGUGGAAUGCCAAAGGAUGAUCAGAGUCUUUGAUGACAAUGGAGAUGGACGAAUUGAUUUCAAAGAAUUCGUCAAACUUGUGGAGCACAGCUUCUGCUAAAUGACACUCCCAAGUCCCAACUCUCAAGCCCUCUUCUUCUCCCAUUAAUAGUGAAUCCCACGGUAAAUUUAAAUAAUGGGACUCACUAUUAUGUUAGAAAAGCAAGUUUUACUUCUGAAAUACUGAAUAAUUACUCUAAAUAAAAAAAGGCUGGACUCACAUCAAACAAAAUAUAGGAGUAUGUAGAACACCCUGCAGGCUG